AUGGAAAACACUUCUAAGGCGGCGUGGCCUUUGCCUAUUUUCAAAAAAUGCUUCGACAAGUUUCGUAUUCACAUCAAAACAGAAGACUUAGAACCCGAGUUUACAGAAACGAUACCUAAUGUUACAGUAGCGACAGGCCAAGAAGCAGUUUUAAGUUGCGCUGUAGACAACUUAGGAACGUAUCGGGUAGCAUGGCUGAGACUCGAAACACAGAGCCUAUUAACUAUUCAAAAGCAUCUAGUGUUAAAAAACCAGCGCUUUACAGUACAUAAUCCAGACUAUAGGCAUUGGAAUCUACACAUACAUGACGUACAAGAAUCUGAUAGGGGAGGUUACAUGUGCCAAGUCAAUACUUCACCAAUGAAGAGCCUUGUCGGUUUCUUGGACGUUGUGGUUCCUCCUUCGUUCAUUGAUUCCGAGACGAGCUCCGAGGUGCUGGCCCGUGAGGGCACUAACGUCACCUUGUCUUGCCGUGUCAGGGGACAUCCGGCGCCUACUAUCACGUGGAGGAGAGAGGACGGCCAGGCGUUAAUGUCCAACAUCUGCCAGCACACGUCAGAGAGCAGAUGUCAGAAUG